AACCGUCCUCCGUCCCGCUGCUGGGAACCUGGCGCCCCCGCCCCUCGGGACUGGGUUCCCUGUGGCCCCGCGGGCGGACCGGGACGGAGGAAGCCGGGGUCCUCCCCGGAGAGCCGGGGCUUUUCACUCAGAAGGGCUGUUCGCGUCCGACGAGUCCCGGCGUCUGCUCAUUAGAGAAGCCACUGCCGGUAACUGCGGCCCCCGGGAUCCCAGGCUCUCGCGGGGCUCAGUAAUAACAGGAAAGAUAAAGGUGUUUACAGCACACAUCGACCUUUAACACUUUCCCUCGCUUGAUCAGCACGUGACGCACUAAGGUGAGACCUCCAGGCAGAAGAGCACAGGGAGAAUUUACUUGUCUCCAGAAUGAUGGAUCCGUGCUCAGUUGGGGUACAGCUCCGCACCACUAAUGAGUGCCACAAAACCUACUACACUCGGCACACGGGCUUCAAGACUCUGCAGGAGUUGUCAUCCAAUGAUAUGCUUUUACUUCAGCUCCGCACUGGGAUGACGCUGUCUGGGAACAAUACCAUUUGCUUCCAUCAUGUGAAAAUUUACAUUGACAGGUUUGAGGAUUUGCAGAAGUCAUGCUGUGACCCAUUUAACAUCCACAAAAAGCUAGCCAAAAAGAAUCUGCAUGUCAUUGAUUUGGAUGAUGCCACUUUUCUGAGUGCGAAAUUUGGGAGGCAGCUGGUACCUGGUUGGAAGCUUUGUCCAAAGUGUACACAGAUCAUCAAUGGAAGUGUGGAUGUGGAUUCUGAGGACCGCCAGAGAAGAAAACCUGAAUCCGAUGGAAGAACUGCUAAAGCUUUGCGGUCUCUCCAGUUUACAAACCCGGGAAAGCAAACCGAAUUUGCUCCAGAAACUGGUAAAAGGGAAAAGAGAAGGCUCACGAAAAACGCUCCCGGUGGUUCAGACAGACAAGUCAUACCAGCCAAGAGCAAGGUCUACGACAGCCAGGGUCUGCUCAUCUUCAGCGGGAUGGACCUCUGCGACUGCCUGGAUGAGGACUGCCUGGGAUGUUUCUACGCUUGCCCUGCCUGCGGGUCUACCAAGUGUGGAGCCGAGUGCCGCUGCGAUCGGAAGUGGCUCUACGAGCAAAUUGAAAUCGAAGGAGGAGAAAUCAUUCAUAAUAAACAUGCUGGAUAACUCAUGCUACCGACUAUCGGGUUUUUAAAGGUCCUCUGUUUCCAAAAUUCUGUUGCUCUUAAGAUACACUUUAAGCUUGAUAGUUGAAUAAUAAAGGUUUGAAAUCCACCUCAGUGUUACUCAAGGUUUGUUUAUAAGAAGGUAGCAGUAAAGUGGGCAAUAUGUAACAGAAACGUACACCUGAGGAUGAAGGUAAUGCACAUGUUGACAGUCAGUGGUGAUGCAUUAUCACUGUAUUUUGGCUGUUCUAAGAUUCAUUUGAUAUAAAUUUAGGUGGGUGGUUUCUCCUAUGUAGUCAGUGUAAACUAGGAGGGAGCAGGUAGACCUCACCUUGCACCGUCCCCAGGGCACAAGGUUCAGUGACCAUGUUUAGCUAGAUAACACCAGCCUCCUGACAGCAAGAUUUCGAUUUCAGGUACCACAGCAUGUUGUCAGGUGUUAGCUGCAUGAAGUUCUGGUUUACAGGUCCACAGGUCACCUCAAUCGAGAACACGUUUGCUUUACCGUAAUGGACCAAUUGUAUUAGAUAGUGUCAAAUUCAGUGACUGGUCCCUGUGUCUGUUACUUUAGUUCACUCACAGCAAAGCAUUCAUGAAGUUGUGUUGGCUCUUUGUGACCUAUGUGAUGUUUUACAAAAGUGAAUACGCGAAAGAAUUGGCCAACAAAGAGGGAAGUGAAGUUUGAAUGAGUUGUAAAGGGUUGUAGAAAAAAUCGCCAAUCACAGAAGCACUGGUGACUUACUUUUCCUGAGUUUACAGAUACACAUCCAGAGGAGUUUCGUGAAGGGAAACUCCUGAAAUAAAUGCGGAGUAGUUGUGCUGGAGAUGGCUUUGUCUCAGAAAUUGUCACAAAGAGCUUUGCAGUGAGAGCACUUCCUGUGAAAGCAGAAAAACAGCACACAGCACUGACAGCACAAACAAUAAAAUGGUGGGAGCAGAUCCGAACUUCAAAGGAGUAGAACAGGCUACUGUGCUGCAGGAAAGAUGCCUACUGAGCUUCGCGAGUUACCAGAGUACACGGCCCUGGGGAGCACAGAAAGUUAAGACUCUCAAAAUAGGAAAAAAAAAAAUGCUGGAGCUGUAACUCAGUAUAAUCCCCAGUGCUAACAGCAAAACACUGCAAUUCUCAACAUUUAACUUCCAUUUUUUUUCUACAUUUAUAAUUAAUGAAUUUUUAAUACUUUGAAAGAUUGUUAAAUGGUACAGGGCGAUCCUAAUUUUCCUCAUUGAUUUUCACGGCCAUUUAAUGGUCCCACACUGCCAUACGAAUGAGGUCUCCAAGUAGCCGAGAAGAAAUUUUCAGGGAAAAUUGAUUUGCAUACAGCUGACUGGUUGCGUGUUAAACUAUUUUGGAAAUAUGUGCCCAAGCGCUAAAAUAG